GCCCCCGCGCCUUGCUCCGCCCGGCGGCAGCUAACGGAAACCUCUCGGAGCCACUGACUGCGUUUGAAGGGCCCGACCGUGCAGAACUGUCCCCAUGGGCAGUUACCUGAGCCGGGCUCGCCCCUGCCCGCCGCGCCCCGCUCUGCGCGGCGGGGACCAGCUGGGGACUCCGGGGCGCCUGCGGCCCGCGCACCCCGCUCGCCGUGUUCCCCCGGCCUUCCGGGCCCCCUCCUCGGCCCAGUCCCUGGAGCCGACCCGCAGGCUGUCCUGCCAGGAUCGCGCGGCUUCACCCCGUCGGCGGCGGCGCCGGCGGCUCGCUGUAGUCCACAGGCAGCGAUGCCCGAUGGGGCAGGCCGGGUGUCUGUGCCUGCGGGUCUUUUCCUCGGCGCCCUGGCGGGGCGGUCCGCAGCAGCCAGUGCUGUCCGCUUCCCGCUCCAGGGUGCUCUGCACCUCGGUGAUCCUGAAGAUGGCAUCUGCUAAGGGCAAACUGACGCUCCAUGUGGCCUUGGAGCAGUCGGUCGUGUAUAUGUGGUCCUCACUCACUGACCACCUCUCAAACCCUCAUGCAAAGGAGGCCCUGAUGAGGGCCCUUAAAGAGAGCAAUUACGUGGGAGCCGAGGAGGAGAAAGCCCUGACCACCCCCGAGGACAGGAGCAAAGGGCUAGCAAAGCACCAGGAAGGCCACAUGGCCCAUGAAAGGCAGGACCGUCCACGAAGGGGCUCAGAUGGCGGGGGCAGUGCACAGUCUGCAUUUCGGAGCCCGAUGGUCAAUGGAGUCCUCUGUUCCUUUGUGCCCAGGCCUGGGCCUCUGAAGAGAGACUUCUGGUAUAAGAACCCAGCAAACAGCCUGCUUGGGAAAUCCCAGGCCUCCUUCACACGCACUUGCAGCAGACAAAAUGCCAUCAGCAGUUCACACAGUUCCACUGGAAGCUUCCCACUGCUGCAGAAAAGAAGUGGUGCAGGCACCUCUGAGCUCCCCAGCCCAGCCUUAUCAGGUUCCCAGGUGACAGAAAGGAGCACCAGUGAGGGAGGCCCUCAGGUUAGCACUUUAGCCUCAGUGGUACCACAAAGGAAGAUCAAGCAUGAAAGGGUUGUAGAUGCUCCCCCAGGGCAGAAACAAAAUCAGAGGGAUUGGAAUCCUCCAUUUGACAGUUCCAGGCCCCAGAAGCGCAAGAUUUCUCUGCUGCUGCCCUAUAGAAGAAAUGACCCACUGAUCCUGCCCCCAUUCCCCCAGCUAGGUUAUCGAGUCACUGCUGAAGACCUUGACUUAGAGAAGAGAUCAGCGAUCCAGUACAUCAACCAGGUCUUGAAGGAUGACGGAGCUAAGACCCAGAGCAAUUAAAUAACAGCCACACUCAGCCUGAACGCCUAGUCUGUACUCUGCACCUGUAGUGCAAUAUCAUAUUCCAUGUAGGGUCAUUUUGAUAUUUAAAUAAGAUAAUCAUCUGGAGUGCUA